AUGUUUGCGCCGGGGUCCGGAGGCCAGGAUGCCAGCUCCUUGCGCACUUCGCGACGACGCCAGAGAACAAGUCUCGAAGACUCUGCGAAGCCCCCAGCUGCAAAACGCCAGCGAUCUACGUUACGACAAGAGUAUCGACCUUCGGUAAACAAAGCGGUUAAACCCGACGAGGAGCGUGAGAUCAAACCAGGUGCUACCAUACAAAGCCAUAGACUCGAGACAGGGUCCCAACAAGAGCGGGUCCUUCCAAUUCGAGGCUCAGAGAAAACUAGCAAAGCAGUGUCCCAAACUGAUCACACCGUUGUCUUGUGCUCAAACGAAUACUACACUAUCACACAGCUCGCAUCUGGAUCAGACCAACCUGGUGAGACAACUACUGGUCCUGCACGAUGCAUCUUCAAUUCUGAGAGCGGCUUUGCACUUCUGCUAAGCGAAUCACGGGCUCUGAUCUGGCCAUACCUUACCAAUGUUUCCUUACAGGGGGAUGGUGGACUUCUUUCAGUAGCAAUGCCGGAAUGGUGUACAAGUGAUGGCGAAGCGCUGAUGGGAACGCUAAUAUUGAACACUACCUGUACAGUUCCGGGCCUCUUCAUUGUAGUACCAGCUACCGGCAAAAUGGUAUAUUGGGAGACUGCCUCAAACGCGACGUUCAUGGGUAUUGCCAAACAAAAACAAAGCGGCCUUCAGGGAUCCAUCUCUGGUCUCUUCUUCGGAGAAAAAGUCACCGAUGUCACUAACGCCGAGCCAUCUGGCGUUAUCACAACGUUUUCCAGUGGUAGAGUCGCGCAAAUCACAUUCCGAGACCCUCAAGGAAAACCCGCCUUAUCUGUGAAUUUCCUACAGAGUACGGCGAAACUUGGGGCCGGGGGACUUUUCUUUGGCAUUCGAAGCGUUCUGGGCAGCUCGGGAUGGCGCAAAGAUACUGCUGCGGUUAGGGCAGGGAACUCAUUGUUUCGGGGUCAACGAGAUGUCCUCGUUCUAUCCACGUCCGGCUUGCUAGAGAUAUGGGAUUCUCACUGGAAUGGUGUCAAUAAAGUACGCGCUGAGAUUGACUUGCAGAAAGAAAUAUGCUCCUACUUAGGGUUAGGGGUUAACGGAAAAGUCGAAAGCUCCCUCAAAGUACAUGAUUUUGUCGCUUCUUUCAGGGAAAUAAAACCAACUUCAAACUCCAAUGAUGGCCACAAGGAGACAACACUAUUUGUUCUUAUCGAUCUGUCUUACAACACAGCCAAGAAGAACCUCGCAGUUAUCAAAGCACAACUAUACAAUGACAAUAUGAAAAUCUUGUCCUCGAAUAUGCUGGAGCACAUGAUAUCCAAUCAUGAUUUUGAGAAGCAGAAACCCCGGCUACAUGUAACGGAUUCCUGGGAUACAGCUUUCAUUCUCAUAGGACAGAAAUUGUGGAUCAUGUCACUUCAGGAGAUAGAGACGACCCCUUCUGUUCAGCUUCUCAAUGGAGUUAUUCCCAAGCCGUUUCAAGAUCGAAUUCAAUUUCAGGAGGGUGACAAAUACGAGAUACUUGGAAUGGGGUCUGAGGAGGCAUCUUCCGAAACACAACACUCAGACUGUAUCCUCAUGAUCCGUGGCUUUGGUCUGAUACGUAUUUCUGCUACGUCAUCCGGUUCAGACACUACUGAGUAUGUUCGCGUAACUGCUAAACAGAAACUUGAACAGGCUGUUUUCUUUGGUACCAUGCCCAACACACCGCUCAGUUUUAGCAGUGAUGGAGAGCCGGCAUUCACCGUGCAGGAGUUCGAGGAGGCCGCGCUACAAAUAUGCAGUGAUAUCCUUCGCUCUACUUCUCAAUACAUCCCCGGGGGAGGUAUUGCACUAGACCAAACUCUCCGUCGACGCUCAAAAGCUUUGAGUGAUCUCACGACAGAGUUGAUUCGCCGCAGAAUACCAUUGUCAAAGAACGUACGAUGGGAGUUGAUAUGGGCUGGCGAAAAGCUAGCGGCUCAAAGGUCCAUGUGGAAAUUAGAGGAGGAUUUUCGUGAUCGAUGGGAUUCCGAAACUUUCCUAUCCCGCGUUAUUAGCUCGAUGAGUAACAAAUUCAAAACGGAGUACGUGCCCUCUGACUCUAACAAACAAAAUGACCAUGUACGCCAAUGGUUUGAUUGUGAUACUUUCCAAAUGCAGCACAUUAUUCCAUGGAUUUUCAAUGCGAUCCGUGGAAUGAAAGGACCCUCGGGUCGUGCCGGUCCCGAGUUUCUCUCCCAAGUAUACCAAGCUAGUGAGUUAACACUCGCAGUUCUCGAAACGGCAUACCAAUUCAGAGAAGAUCAUGCGCGGCAAUUUGGGUUUGAGGAGGAGGACUUUGAGAAAGGGGUAUUACAGGGAUCGUACUCUGAAAUUCCUGAGUUCUGGACGUCGGAAAACAUGGUGUACAAUGAAACCCUCCAUAUGUUAGAUCUGGAGCUCGAGAGCCCAAAAUGGAUUCACCAAUCAGCGUCCAAGAUGUUCGUGGAAGAUCGUGACAUGCUUGCGAGUAUUGGGAAAAACAGCUGUCGCAGGCUUCGCGUUCUCAAUAUGAUGCUCACUGAAAGAGUCCAUUGGCUAUAUUCACAGAGUGACCCGAAAUCAAUGGAUGAAGCCAACGCCCUGAAAGAGUUGAGUCUCAAACAGCGAAAGUGGCAAUUAUACAAGAUGGGUGGGAUCGGACAACUCCAGGGGGCAAUUGAAUUAGCAGAGGAGUUUCGCGAUUUGGAGGCAUUGGUCGAACUUAUGGUAGAGCUUCAAUACUUAGUCAGAGACAAGAGUGGCUCGGUAGAAGGGACGGUUACUACCAACUCUUCGACGGUGCGUGAUGAAGCUGGAUACAAGAAAAAGAUUGCAGGCUAUUUCGAAUACUUCGGGGAGCCAUUCGCGGACGCCUUUUUCUCACGAUACAUCAACAUCCAUCAGCCCGGGGCGUUAUUAACGAUGAAAGAUUUUCAGAGCUCUCUCACGAAAUUUCUAAGAAAAAACCCUUCAUACGCCCCACUGUCUUGGGUCAAUGAUAUCAUUGGCGAGGAAGACUAUGAAACGGCAUCGUCUGCUCUUGAAAAGCUUGCUUUUACUCGCGAUGACAACUUGUGGGAUCAACGAGUCCAACUCUCCUUAUCAAAGAUAACGAGGUUGGCAUCCUUGGAAGGGAACAGUGUGCGCAACGACAGGGCACUUCACAAGCUUCGAGAGCUUGAUGACCGAUUAGAGAUGGGCACCUUGCAGGAACGUGUAUAUGAAUAUGUGUUGCCGGCCUUACAUAGUGCAAUUGAUGAAAAGGCCGAAGUGGAACUAGCACUGGAACAGUUUGGGGGCCGAAUCAUCAAUCAGCCUGCGUUCAAGGAUCUUGUUGAGGAGUUGUUGCAACGUUUGAUACGUCGACAAUCUCUUGACGCUGAUCAACUUAUCAAUCUUCUCACUCUGAUCGACGAGGUCCAUUUCCUGGAAGGGGAUGACAACGUGGUCUGCGGGCAUGAGUUCUACAUCGCUAUUCGUGUGCUCCGCUUAAGUGGUUACGCGUUAAGUGACCCCACUCGAUACGACUUCCUGCACAAAUUGAUAUGGAGGAGGUGUUUUCUUCGAGAUGAUUGGAACAGCAUUGCAAAAACCGAAUUCCGCUCGGAUGGAAGGAACAAAUCUCUGUUCCUUGACACGACGCUUGCGAGAACAUUGCUGGAUUGUAUUCGGGAAGAAAAUCAUUGGGGAAAAAGUCGAGGAGAGCUAUAUCUUAUUCCAGAUCCGUCAGAUACUUUGAGUCUUGGAUCCCUGGAGCUUAUCAAGAGUCGUUUCCGAUCUGGGCAGUGGCCUCACAUUGAACGUGACCUUCGUACUGAGGUCGGGCUACUGGAGCGUCUACUGGAAAAUACAAAGCUAAAAGAGUGGUUUUCUGGACUCAUGUUGCUCGCUGAGGAGGUUGUGGCUGAAACCAACGACCUAGAAGCGGGACAGAUGGUGGUGCCUGGGUCUUUGAAAGCCAGAUUCAACUGGGUGUCAUAG